ACAACUGAUAUUUUCCAUAUCACACCACUUUGCAAUUGAAAUGGCGCGGUCAAUAUUGUGGGUUUUGCUCACAACAAUGGCGGUAUCACUCUAUACAGGAGUGGAAGGUGUGAACUUCGACAUAGAAAACCAGUGCCCUUACACGGUGUGGGCGGCAGGGACUCCGUUCGGGGGAGGAAGAGAGCUACAGAGGGGACAGUCAUGGCGGGUGAAUGUGCCGGCUGGAGCACAGGGAAGGUUCUGGGGCCGCACCGGCUGCUCCUUCGACUGGAACGGUCGAGGCAGAUGCAACACUGGCGACUGCGGAGGAUUACUAAACUGCCAGGGAUCGGGAGGCGUUCCCUCAACGCUGUUUGAGUAUGCUCUCAAUCAAUACCAGAACCUGGACUUCUACGACAUCUCUCUCGUCGAUGGAUUCAACCUCCGCAUGACUGUCAUUCUUUCCAACUCAAACUGCAAGAGAAUCGCCUGCAAUAGCGACAUAAAUUCCAAGUGCCCCGGAGAAUUAAGGGUGGUAGAUGGGUGCAGAAGUGCGUGUGCUGCUUUCAACACGGCAGCAUACUGCUGCACGGGAUCCUUCCUCGAUAACUGCCCUCCUACCGGCUACUCUCAAUUUUUCAAGCGAGAAUGCCCCUUGGCCUACAGCUAUGCCAAGGAUGAUCCCACCAGCACCUUCACUUGCCCAGGCGGCAGCGAUUACAAAAUUAUUUUCUGCGGUAAUGGCGGUUCAGACUCUAAUUCUACCUCCACUUCAAGUGGAAGUCUUUAUGCAGUCGAAUAGAUUUUAUGUGUGUAUCUGUGUCAAGCAAUAAUAGUGGUUCUUCGCAGCAUAAAUACGAGUGUAUACUGCUCUGUAUCCAUUCUCUUGGAUUACAAACAGAAGGGACAGUGGCUUUUUAAAAAUAUUGUCUAUCUAGAUAUCAGAAAGUAUUUUAAAUAAAGAAUAUUGCAUAGUUUUUAUUUUCAA